AUGGUCGAAAGGGCCAGCCGCGUUCUUGUAGCUCGCGCCAGCGCAACAUGUACCAACGACAGUGAUCCCGGUUGCACAAAGCCGACUCAAGUACCCACAAUCGCCAUUGCACUUGCCGUCAUUGUGCCUGUCGUCGGUAUCACGAUUGUCCUCUUCUUCUUACAUCGCAGGAACAAGAGGAAGCUUGCUGAGGAAGAUUCAAAAGACAAAUACAAGUCGCACGAUUGGGGCAUGGAGGGUGUGACUAGAGCUGGCAAGAAAGGAGGUCCCGAGAUGAGCGUUUCCGAGAAGGAAAUCCCUGGAGGCCACGACCGAGGUCUAUCAAUCGAGACCGGAAGCCCGUACAUACUGCCUGUUGGCCUGCACGGCUCUCGAGAGUCAUUCCAUUCGUUAUCGCGCUCGCAGCAUGAUCCUCAUGACCCGUACGGCCCUGUAGCUUAUCUAAAGGAUGACCAGAGCAUCCGUAGCGCAACCCGUGGUCCCUACCGAAACGACGCCGGAUCCAUGUACACAACUUCGAGCGCUGGAACAAAGAAGGAAGGCCUUCAAGCCGGUCUGCUUCAAAACGCACAGAGGAUGUCGACUUCGCACCCCAUUCGCGGCGAAUCUCUAUCCCCUGACGGCUCGCGGUCUCCAGACAGCAAGUUCCCUGAACCGGGUAUUCCUCUCAGCCCAUUGAACCCACGAUUCGACAAGGAGUCGUCUCCUGUUUCACCUCCAGUUGAAUCGCCUUCCGCUGAACCCAAGACCCAGUAUGCUGCCUUCAAGCCCACCAAUGUUCCCACCAUCUCAAUUCCCGAGCCUGGUGUUACAGAAAAGCAAGUCAACAAGUCACCCGUCCAAACUACCAACGAUAUUCCCUCAUUGCCACGCGUUCAGUCCCAGGCUGUUGUACUGGAGAACACAAACACGCAUAGCAUCAUCAGUACCUCGAGCUAUGGCGAUGGUUUCCAGAUCACACCACCGUCACCCAAAGAAAGCGAGCAGCCCAAGAUCGUUGCACCCAAGCCUCGCUACUCAACUGGUCCUCAGAACGUUGGUCUUGCCGUAGACGACUUUGGUCACAGCACCAACCGUCUGUCAAUGAGCCUACGUCCUAUGCCUUCCGAUGACCCUCAGGAGAACCCCGAAGAGCGUGCCAACCGUAUCCGAUCUUUCUACAAGGAGUACUUUGACGACUCUAAGCCUGAACCCGCUGGUGGUCACCAGUACACCGACUACGUCGAAGACUAUGGCUCAGAGUACCAAGACGGCACUGUAUUCGACCCGCGCACCGGUGCCUUUGUCGUCGCACAGCCAAACGCUCCUUUUGCCGAGCCUAUUACUCGUCGUGCCAUGACACCCCCACCACGUGCUCCUCCUCGUUUCCGAAGCAACACUGCCACUGGUCCUCGUGGCCCGCACAUGUCUAACAGCUCCAUGGCUUCCUCGCAAUACCCACCGCCACGCGGCAUGUCUUCAAUGAGCGGACGUCUACCUGCGCCAAUGAAGAAGCCACUGCCUCCACCGUCCGCUUUGUCUUCUCUUCCCACACCCGGAAAGCUAACCGAGAACUCGAUGGUUUUCGAUGCUGCUGACUUUGCGCCGCCAGUCUCGUUCCGUGAGAGACAAAACGGUAUACGACCAGACAGCCCACUGGGUGCUCCCAGACCCUACAGUCCCGCCGUGCGACCACACACACCGCUCGUUGGUUCUUAUGACGAGCUUCCCGCGCUACCCAGUCCCUACCUGAUGCGCAAGUCCGGCACCUUCACUGCGCUUGACUUUGCACCACCUGGCCGCAUUCGCGACCCUGCUGGCUCAGGUGCCUCAGAUGCUGGAUCUAUCCGAUCAAACCAUUCUGGUAUCUCAGCGGUCGGCAGGUUCGCUGUUCGCAGCGGUGCCAACCGUGUCAGCAGGAUACCAAGAGAUGUCAUGGGUACCAGGGAUGAUUUCAUGGUACAAUUAAGGCCCAGGAUGAACAUGGUAGAGGGCGCCUAA